AGCGCCAUCAUCUUGCACAUGCACAGAUCCAUCGAUUUUCCAUCUCCUACGACUUCGCUGUGAUUUACCCCACUGUGAUUCCGAAAUUCAUCUCGCAAAUCCUCGUCCACGCCCAUCCGAUUGCGGUCCGGAGCCCCCGAUAGCGGCAUCGUAUCUGGCCCGACCGGAACGGGAACUACAAUCAGUGAACGCGCAAGAUGUCGCAGGGCCAGGACGACCCCGCGGCGGUUCUGGAACUGUUCGUCCACGAUGUGGCGAACCUCCCCGCUGAGAUCAACCAUCUGAUGGAGGAAAUCCAAGCCAAGGAUAAGAUCAUCCAGGAAUGCCGCACAACCAUCAACUCCCGCGACACUAGUCUCCAGAAGUUCAUCAAACUAAACGGCAGCUUAACCCCCAACCCGAAGGAGGAACAAUACGGAAAGGCCAUAUUACAGAAUCUUGACAAGUCACAACAGUUGCAGGAUGAAAAGAUUCAGCUGAGUGAGAAAGCGUGUGUGUUGCUGGACCGACACAUCAGGAAGUUGGAUAUCGCCAUCCACAAGCUGCAGAGCAACGGCAUGCUCUCGAACGACCCUCCUUUCCCUUCCCUCUUCAACAACAAAGAUCAGUAUCGCGAUCCGCCCAAGAUCUUCUUCCCCGAUUCCACCGUCGAGAACUCCUCCUUUUCCUCCGCCCUCAAUGGCUCCGCGAAUGCCAAUGUCAUACUAGGCGCCACUCAAAGACUGAACACUCUGGGCCGGAACAUCGCCGCUGUCGGGCUGAACUCCCCGAAUGCUGCGCGAAGUUCCGCCCCGGCAACACCCUCCGGUACAAUCCAUUUCCAACGACAGCAGCGAGAGUCCUCGGCCGGCGCAGUGGAAACCAAACGGCGACGUCUCAAUACUUCACUAGGCACGCUCCCUGCGGCAUCCUCAAACCUCCGACAAUCCUCUCUAGGCCCUGGCACACCCAAGGCCGGAACCCCAGCCUCUAGUCGUGCGGGCAGCGCUGGACCGCGCUCGUCAGCCUCGACGAAGAAAGCCUUAACCAAGAAGGUGGCGCCGCAUCAGCAACUCAAGAAGAUCAAAGCCUCCGGGCUCAAUGGAAAGCACACGAAGCGGUCAUCAAGCGCAAGCGGUCGCCUCAAGAUCAGCGGGACCAAAAAGUCCCCGUCUGCCCUUGGGGGAGACGAGGACGAGGACGACUCCAUGCUCAGCAGCGCCGACAUCUCCGACUCGGAGAACGCCGACGACAGCAGACGAGAUGACGACCUGGACGACGAGGAAGAAGACGAAGGCAACGAAGAUACCAAGGUGUAUUGCACAUGUCGCAGCGUCAGCCACGGCGACAUGGUUGCAUGUGAUAACGAGGACUGUGAGUUCGAAUGGUUCCACUGGAAGUGCGUGGGCUUGACCCGAGAGCCAGUCGGGAAAUGGUACUGCCCUCAAUGUUCUGCCAAAUUGCAAGCUUAGUUAUAUAGUUAUACCCCUUUUAUCUGUAUUAUAAUGACCCUAUAUUAACGACCCUUCAAUCUGAACAUGGCAUUCAGCGAUAAAG